CCACCUUCCCUCCUUACCUUUUAACAAACUCUUCUCUAUUACCAAGCAAAGCACUUUGAUUUUUGCAGCUUUCUCUUUUCCAACAUUCUUUCUUUCUUCCUUCCUUCAUCUUGAUUUUCUAGUCUUUGGCUUUCUUGUUUGGUGGUCCACCUAAAAUGGGCUGCUCUCAAAGCACUACAAUUGAUGAAGAUAAAUGCAAAAACUUCAAAAAUGAGGCAAAAAACUAUGCGAAUUCUUCUUUAAUCAGCAAUCGGAGCGUUCUUGUUCGAUCCACAUGUGGAAAAAUGAAAUGGGGUGUGAUUUUGAUGAUCUUCUCGGGCCGACGAAGGAGUGGUUCAUGUCAAAGGGAUGAAGAUGAUUGGUUGCUCGCUAAUUUGGACACAAAAUUCAAAGGCGACAUCGAGACCGUCGAUCCACAAUCGGUCCACUCAUCGUUUCGGUUCAGCUUCAGCUCACAACUCGAACUUGAUUCGUCGAGCUCGAACUCUUCUUCGGGGGCGACGGUCCUCUUGAUGAAUUUAGAGGAGGGGCCGCCCGAUGAAAUGGCCCGAUCACGAUCUAUAGGCUUGAAAAUGCAAAGGGUGGAGUCCUUAGAGCGAACCAUUUCCUCAGUCACAGCCACUUUGGUUAGGUUCAAUUAUAAUGAGAUCAGGUCUGCUACUAACAGCUUCUCUAAAGGAAGGGUAUUGGGAAGAGGCGCCCUAAGUUGUGUAUUCAAAGGGAGAUUAGGGUUUGGCCGAACGGUUGCGAUUAAGCGAUUGGACAACGAAGACAAGGAAUCGCCGAAGGCAUUUUGUAGGGAAUUGAUGAUCGCGAACUCUCUCGAUCAUAGGAAUGUGGUCCCUUUGAUAGGAUUUUGCAUUGAUCAAGUGGGCCUUUUCUUAGUUUAUAAGUACAUCUCCGGUGGGAGUUUAGAGCGCCUUUUGCACGAUAAGAAGAGAGGAGGAAAGAACUCCACGCUUUCAUGGCCCACCAGAUAUAAGAUCGCGAUUGGAGUGGCUCAGGCAGUGGGCUAUCUACAUUAUGGGACGGAGAAAUGCGUGAUUCACAGAGACAUCAAACCGUCAAAUAUCCUCCUAUCUUCCAAGAUGACACCAAAGCUAUGUGACUUUGGAUUAGCAACAUGGACUCCUUCAACUUCGGUCCCUUUCCUCUGCAAGACUGUCAAAGGGACAUUUGGGUACUUGGCACCUGAGUACUUUCAACAUGGGAAAGUAUCCGAUAGAACGGAUGUGUACGCAUUUGGUGUGGUCCUCCUUGAGCUAAUCAGCGGCAGGAAGCCAAUCGAGACAAAAAGGACCCACGGAGAUGAGAAUCUGGUCUCUUGGGCAAAACCGUUUUUGAUGGGUGACGAACCAGCGACUGAUUUGCUCGAUCCUCAGCUUAAGCGUGGGUCCUACAAUAAAGCCCAAGUGGUUCAAAUGGCUAGAGCUGCAGCUGCUUGUUUGAACACAGACGAAUCCGAUCGGCCAACCAUUGAUCAAGUCAUUGCGAUACUGCGAGGCGACGAGCAUUCUACCACACGCAAGCCCAAUUUAGUCACCAACGGAUAUGGCGGCCAUUAUCCUCGAUUGCAUGAUGCACAAACAAAGUGUGAAAUGAACAGUCACUUAGAGUUGGCCAUGAUGGGAGUCAUGGAUAUUAACGUUGUUGAUGACAAAUAUCCAAGAAUCUAAUGGUUUGGAUUUAUUGGUUUCAAGCAAUUUUUCUAUAAUGCUUAUAGAGAGAGGCAUAAUUUGAGAGGUAGAAUAUUGUACAUAGAAAGGCCUAAUGACUGAUUUGGUUGGGAGGGUUUGUUCGAAGAAGUAAAACAAAGUAAUAAGAAUGCUAUCUAAUGGGUGUGAUGA